AUGGCAGGACAAUGGGUCACCACCCAGGAGGUUAUUGACGAGGUCAAUCGCGUCAAAGCGGAGAUGACAGCGUUGAAGGAGAGCUCUGUCGCAUCGUGCAUGGAAAUCCAGAGCCUGAAGUCCGCCAAGAAGACUUCAAAGAAGCCUAAGCCUUGCAAUGUCCGUGGCGUCUCCAAGAUGCCAGAUCUGGAUGGCGACGAGUUCGAGACUCCGGUGAAUCGUGCUGAUCCCGAAGAUGCUGAUGAUUCGGAAAAGGAAGACAUCGACGGCGGCGAAAAUGACGGCGCUGAUCCUCCAAAGGAGCCCGUCCAAGGCCGUCUUGAUAAUCCUAUCCAGCAGCGUCUUCAGCAAUUAGAAGACAUGAUCGCUCGCAUCCCUGGUGUCCCCAGGCCUAUGAAAAAAGCUACCCCUAACAGUUAUGCUGAUUCUCCUUUUGCAGAUCCCAUUGCGCUGAUCGAGGUGCCCAAGCGGUUCUCUGUCCCGACCAUGAAGCUAUAUGAUGGCACCGCAGAUCCCAACGACCAUGUCGCUCAAUACAAGCAAAGGAUGAUCACCAUUUCAAUCCCAAAGAAUAUGCGGGAAGCGUGCAUAUGCAAAGGAUUUGGUUCAACACUGACCGGGCCAGCUUUGCAGUGGUUCAUUAAUCUCAAUAAUGGGACUAUCUCUUCUUUUGCCCAAUUAGUUAACAUUUUUAAUAUGCAGUUUGCUAGUAGUCGCAAAAUGGAAAAACAAGCUAGCGACAUACAUAGGAUUGUGCAAAAAUCUGACGAGUCUCUUAAAGAAUUUGUGAACAGGUUUAACAGGGAAAAGGUGUCCAUCCCAAAUUGCGAUGCUCGGACGGUCAUCGAAGCGUUCAGACGCGGCUUAGAUGAAGAAUCAGACCUCUACAAGGAGCUGACCAAAUAUCCCUGUCCGACGUUCGAAGAUGCUCAAGCCAAGGCAUUGGCCCAAAUCAGGCUGGAGGAAGACAUGCAGUCCAGAAAGGCUUAUGCCAAUGCUGACAGCCGGAAGGCAGCGUCCAACAAACAAGCGUCAUGGCGUCAAAAACCUUAUGAGCGCCCGCAGCAGGUCCAUAGCGUCCGUCAUGUCGGGUCGGCCAGCGAUUGGAAAAAUGAUCCUGGCCUCCCCCCCAAGCUAAGCGAAUAUGGUUUCAACGUCACCAUGGGAGGUAUCAUUAAUACUUUGCACUCUUUAGGUUCUGCUCUUAAAUGGCCUUUCAGGAACGAAAAGCAGACGACCCAUCGCGACAAAUCCAAAUGGUGCGAGUUCCAUGGAGACCAUGGGCAUCAUACUGACGAAUGCGUCGCCUUGAGGCGAGAGGUGUCCCACCUGCUGAAGCAAGGAUAUCUUAAGGACCUGUUGACGGAGAAAGGGAAGCAGACGGUGUCAAAAAAUGACGACUGA